CCCUCUACGUUUACGAUGCUUCCUCCUAUCCUGAAGGUGUCGCUGUCGCAACUUCAUCCAAAAGUGUACUCGCACCCGGCUUCCGUCCCUUUCCGCCUCACUUCCUCGUUGUCAUGGAGAGGAGGCAGCGGCAAUCUGAUGGGACGUGGGACGGUCCCCGGUAUGGCGGUAACAGCAGCUCUGCACAGCACCCACCGGGGCUCCGUCCAGAGGCUCCUAGACAUGGAGAGGCGCCCCCCAGUGUUCUGUACCCGGGCGGCCCCUGGGAGAGCAGGCCUCCGUAUGAAGGCUCCGGGCAGAGGCCGCGCAGAGACUAUACACAGCAGGAGCACAAUGAGCCGCUACAGCACGGGGGACCCCAGACUAUGCCCCAGUUCAGACCCCUGCAUCCUGGAAUGUUCCCACGUGGUGGUUCGAGGCCAGGCGUGCCUCCCCAUGGUCCUGUGGAGCAGAUAGGAUCCCAGCCCAGGCUCCCUCACAGGCAACCAGCUGAUCGGUAUGGCAGUGAUGGUCUGCAGGCUCCCAAUAUACCCCCUGAUGUCUCCUUCUCCCAGCACAGGGCACCGGAGGGUCUGAUGCAUUAUAAUGCCCCCCGCUAUGGCAUUCCAGAGGCAGGAUUCCAAAGAAGACCCCAACACAUGAUACAUGCAAUGGCCCAUCAAGAUGUGUCCGAGCACAGACAAAGGAGCCAAGAUGUGGGCCGGCGCCAUGAUACCAUGUACCAGCCAGGAGAACAACCACUUGUACAGCUCCAUGAUGCUAUGUACCAGCCGGGAGAGAGACCGUCUAAUGUACAGCGCCAUGAUACCAUGUACCAGCCGGGAGAGAGACCGUCUAAUGUACAGCGCCAUGAUACCAUGUACCAGCCAGGAGAGAGACCGUCUAAUGUACAGCUCCAUGAUACCAUGUACCAGCCGGGAGAGAGACCGUCUAAUGUACAGCGCCAUGAUACCAUGUACCAGCCAGGAGAGAGACCGUCUAAUGUACAGCUCCAUGAUACCAUGUACCAGCCAGGAGAGAGACCGUCUAAUGUACAGCGCCAUGAUACCAUGUAUCAACCAGGAGAGAGACCGUCUAACGUACAGCGCCAUGAUACCAUGUAUCAGCCAGGAGAACAACUGCCCGUACAGCGGCAUGAUACCAUGUACCAGCCAGGAGAGAGACUGGCUAAUGUACAGCCUCAUGCUGCUAUGUACCAGCCUGGAGAGCAACCGCCUACUAUUCAGCACCAUGAAUCUAUGUACCAACCAAGAGAGAAACCGGCUAAUGUACAGAUCCACAAUGCUGUGUACCAACCAGAAGAACGACCUCCUACUGUUCAGCUCCAUGAUCCUAUGUACCAGUCAGGAGAGCGACCUAAUGUACAGUGCCAUGUUCCUACAUACCAGUCUGGAGAGCAACCUCCUAACGUACAGCUCCAUGAUACUAUAUAUCAGCUAGACGAGCGACCUCCUAAUGUACAGCGCCAUGGGGUACCCCAACUUACAUCAGGUGAGCACAAAGACCCCAUGUAUUCAGAACACACACAGCCUAGGAGUGAGAAGCCUGAGGCCUAUCAGCCUGCCGUCUUCCAUCAAGGUGGUCCGAACAGUUUUAGGGGUCUUGAUCCAGCAUUAGCUCCGUAUGGUGGACAACAACCUUAUGGUUUCCAGCAUGACAAUAGAAGUAAUAUGCCUCUACCAUACCAAAAUGAAGGAUCCCAACCAGGAUUACAUAAUCUGAGAAGCCCUCCAGUGCCAGAUACUUUCAGCUACAGGGCCCCAUCCCCGGGAAUCCAGCAAAUCUCUAACCCAUUACAGCCUGUACCCACCCAAAACUCCCCUUGUACUGAUAACCCACAACAAGGGCACUAUCAUUUACCCCCAGUGCAUGGAAGGCAACCCAAUCCUUCCUACACUUUCCCCACACUAGAAGGCUCUGCUUUUAAUGGAUCUUUUAAGGAGGAGGACUUGGAGGAUCUCCGGUUCCAGAGAUCCCGCAGUCAUCCACAACAUCUUCUGGAGCAGCAGCAGUCUGUCACACACCAAGAUAUAAGACAAGGUCCAGAUCCACCUGUUCCUUUAGGAAUGGCUGGUGAUAGGUAUUUCGAGCAGGAUGUUCCUUUUCCUCAGCAAGAAGUAACAGACAGGCGAGACCCACAUUUAUUGCUGCAGCAUGGUGUUCCAUUUGUCCCGCAGUCCACCACUCACAGUGAGGAAAGCAUUAUGCAUUUGGAUAGGCACACUGAGCUAGAGAACAAUGGGCCUUCAGAUAAAGAUGUAUUCAUGCACUGGCUUUCUGGCUUCUUAUCAUGUCGAAGAAAGACUCUUUCAACCAAGCCUGUUGCUGUUCAAACUUGCUCAAUAGCUGAAGCACGUGGGCUAAUCUAUGGUGCUCUUCAAUUGGUAUCACAACUCGAUUCUUUAUGCCAGGCUCUGGAAAGCAAUAAUAAGGCAGGAGAGCCACGGGGACAGGACUAUGAAAAAGCAGCUGGCAUACGAGUAGAUCUAGAGAAGAGAUUAAAGGAGCUAGAGAAGCCAGGGUAUAUCCAGGGUGUUAAGAUGAAAUUGAAUAGAGUGCACAAGAAAAGGCUUCGCUGGCAGCGCAGGAAACAAGUGACUGAGGAGGAAGAAAAGGUGUCAGCAGAGCGAUCUGCAGAAAAGGAGGCCAGCAUUGAUCAGUGGAGAAUGCAGUGUAUCCAGAAGGUGGAGGAGAAGAAACGGGAACGAGAGCUUAAAGCUACUGCUGACUCUGUACUUGGGGAGGUGAGGAAGAAGCAAAAUGAUGUAAAAAAAAUGCUGGAUGUUUUAAAGGCUUUAGAGAAGCUACGGAAGCUGAGGAAAGAAGCAGCUGGAAGAAAAGGUGUCCAUCCACCACCAUCUGCUGAUGAAACAUUUGCAAAUCACAUAAAGAGGCUUCGGACUAUGGUGCACAAGCGUAGUGCAUUAUAUGAUGCGGAGGAGAAGACUCUGAGGGUCAUACUGGAAGGAGAGCAAGAGGAGGAGCGGCAGAGAGAGAAGGAUAAGAGACAACGAAAGGAAAAGGAGAAAAUAUUGCAGAAGCAGCGAGAACUAGACUCUAUUUUGUUUGGUGACACAGAACCUCUACCUGCUCUGCAUCCUCUUCUGCCAUUUCGCCAGUAUUAUCUGCAAGCUGAGCACUCAGUUGUGUCCCUUGUUAAGAUCCGACACGAAUGGGAUCAAUUCUUGGUCCCACCUGAUCAUCCUGAUGGCAGCAGUAUCCCCCGUGGAUGGGUUGUUCCCACUGUUCCCUCUAAUGACACCUGGGCCUCAGCCUUGAAGCCAUCGGAUUGAAGCACCUAUGUUAUGUGACAAGAGGGUAAAGCAGGCAGUCUGAUACCGGAUGCAUACAGUUCAGACUGCUCUGCGGGUGAAAGUCUCCCAAUGAAAUUUAUUGUACAGUUGUAAUUUUUGUAACUUUGUGAAUGGGUUGUAAUGAAUUAUGAAAAUUUAUUUUUCAAAAUAAAACAAAAACAAAACCUUUUCUAAAGUGGUUGUAUCUUAGAGGUUUAUCCCUUGUACAAGUAGGUGGCGGAGCAAUAUAAUUCAAGCAAACAGAUUAUUAUUAUUAUUUAUUUAUUUUUUGUAAAAACAAAUCCACCUCCUGCUUUGCUUUGUCUCCUUCUAAACUAUAAAAGUGUACACAGCUAUAUGAGCUUGAUAACCAUUCAGUUCCAAAACCAUGGGUGUUAAUAUGGAGCGGGACCCAAUUUAAUGGCUAUAAAAGGUUUUCUUCAGGAAAGGCAUAUCCUCUCGAUGACUGGACCAGCAAACCUCUAUCUCCAUCU